AUGAGCUCAUUUCCAAUAGCUGAACAAGAAGAAACUUUAUUUCUUCUUGAUGAACAACCACCACCAAAUUUACAAAAAUCCGAAAGUUUUGAUGAUGAUAAUAAAAAUCAGAGUUUAAAAUCACUACAACGUAUUUUAUCAGCAUCAUCAUCAUUGGCAGCAAUAAAUCAACCACAACCAUAUAGAUCAUUAUCAGCUCAUGAUUUAACUCCACAAUUACAUACAAAUGAUUAUGGUUUACCACCAACAAAUCCAUUGCGACGUUCAACAACAACAACAGCACGUAAUAAUAUAAAUGAUAUUGACACAUUUGUACGUCAAUUUGAAAUACGUCUUCGUGAACAUCGUUUUAUUUGGCAAAAAGAAUAUGAUACAACAGUUCAACGAUUAAAUGAAGCAAAAAAUAAUGAAUUAGAAUCAUUAAAAAAUCGUUAUGAAACAAAAUUACAUACAUUAGAGGAUGGUAAUAAGCAAUUAGAAAUAAUUUUAGAAAAACUUAAUGAAGAAAAUCAACGAUUAAAAUUUGACAUUGAACAUCAAAAACAACAGACGAAAACUGAACAAAUAACUAUUCAAGAACAUUUAAAAGAAAUACAAAAUGAAAUGGAACGAAAACUUCAUGAAAUAAAAACGUUUUAUGAGAAUGAAAAACAAGAAAUAAAACGACAACAUUCACGAACAUAUCAAGAUUUAUUAGAUGAAACAAAUCAACGUUUAAAAAAAAUGGAAAAUGAUUAUAAAUCUCAACAAUCAACACAUGAUUCAACAAUAAAUGACAUGGAAAAACGUAUGGUUGAUUUACGUUCAAAUGUUGAUCGUCUUCAACAAAUGAAACAAAAACUUGAUGAAGAAAAAAUUUCAUUAGUUAAAAAUAAUGAACAAUUACAAUUACAGAUUCAAGAAUUAACAAAUAAAUUACGUCAUGCAGAUCGUGAUCAUGCUGAUCAAGUUCAACGUUAUGAAAAUGAAUUAAAAUCUCUUCGUCUUCGUAGUGAAUCAGGUGUUGAUUUAUUACGUAAAGAAAAUGAUAUAACAAAAAGUAAAGCAACAAAAACAAUCGAUGAAUUAGAAAAACAAUUAUCAACAAUAACAGAAAAAUUCUAUGAUAUGCAAAAAUUAUUUGAACAAAAAUUAAAUGAACAACAAACAAACUAUCAAAAUAAUAUUCAUCAAUGUGAAAAUGAUUAUGAAAAAAAAUUACAAUUAUUAAAACAAGAAAUCAAACAAUUAAAUGAAAAAUUUCAUUUAGCUAUACAACAAAAUGAACAAUUACAAAAUGAAUUAAAACAAAAGCAUCAAGAACUUAAACAAUUAAAUGAAACAUGUUUACAACAAAAAGAUUUAAUUGAAAAAAGUGAAAAAGCUUUUGCACAAAUUAAAAUUGACCUAGAAAAAAAAUUUCAUGAAAAAAUUCAAGAAAUAAAUGAUAAAGCGCGUCAAAAUGAACAACAAUUAAUCGAAAAUUUAAAUCGUGAUCAUGCAAAAGUUUGUGACAAACUUAAACUUGAAUACGAACAAGUCAAAGAACAAAAUGAAGAAAAAUUACGAACAAAUUUUAAUAAAGAAAUUGAAGAUAUUAAACAUAAAUAUGAACAAGCUACUGAAAAACAAGAACAAAAAAUGAAAUAUGAGUUACAACAAAUUGAUAAAUUAUCUGUUGAAAAAAAACUUGCACAUGAAAAUGAAAAACAAAAGCUCAUCAAUGAAUAUGAACAAUUUAUUCGAAAGAUUGAAAAACAACAUAAUCAAAAAACUGAUGAAUAUGAAAAACGUAUUGAAGUAUUAAUUUCAAAGACUCAUGAGCAAUUAAAAUCAAUUGAAGAACGUAAUUCUAAACAACAAUCUAUUAUAAAUGAUCAACAAAAAAUGAUUCAAGUAUUUAAAGAUGAACAAAAUAAAGCAAAAGCAAAUUAUGAAAAACAAAGUAUUGCAUUAAAUGAACAAUGUCUUCGUGAAAAAAAUGAAAUAAAAGCUCAAUUUGAUUUAUGUAUGAAAAAUCUUGAAAAAAAUUUCAAUACAUUAACAUUAAAAAAAGAACAACUUGAACGUAAAUUAUCAUAUUUAAAUGAUCAACAUAAGCAUGAAUUACUUGAAUGUCGUUUAACAUAUGAAAAUAAUUUGAAAGGUUUAUUAUCAAAUGAUGUUCGAGUUGAUUUAGAAAAUACAAUACAUUCAUUAAAACAACAAGUCGUUUAUUUACAACAACGUAUUGCUUUUCUUCAACAAGAACUCGAACAAUAUAUACAACUUUAUGGUCAUAGACCAUUGGCACAAUCAUUAGUUAAAGCAACAAAUCUGGAGUAA